UGUUCUUUUAUCUGUGUUGCAGAAUUUGAAGAACCAGAUCAUGACGACGAAUCUGUGGGUCGAACAGUCAUGGUACGACUACAAACUGCGAUGGGAGCCGAAGGAGUACGGUGGCGUUCACAUGUUACACGUGCCAUCCGACCACAUAUGGCGGCCUGACAUAGUGCUCUACAACAACGCGGACGGCAACUUCGAGGUGACCUUGGCCACGAAGGCCACCAUCUACCAUCAAGGAUUGGUCGAGUGGAAGCCCCCGGCCAUUUAUAAGUCAUCCUGCGAGAUCGACGUGGAGUACUUCCCAUUCGACGAGCAGACCUGCGUCCUCAAGUUCGGUUCGUGGACCUAUGACGGCUUUAAGGUCGAUCUAAGACACAUGGACGAGAAAUCGGGAAGCAAUGUGGUGGACGUGGGAGUCGAUCUCUCCGAAUUCUACAUGUCGGUAGAAUGGGAUAUUUUAGAAGUACCUGCAGUACGAAAUGAAAAAUUUUACACCUGCUGCGACGAGCCGUACCUGGAUAUUACAUUUAACAUAACAAUGCGAAGGAAAACGCUUUUCUACACCGUGAACAUAAUUAUUCCGUGUAUGGGAAUUUCCUUUCUUACGGUACUGACGUUCUACCUACCUAGCGACAGCGGGGAGAAGGUCACGCUCUCCAUUUCCAUUCUCAUCAGUCUUCACGUGUUUUUCCUGCUGGUCGUCGAGAUCAUUCCACCUACGUCGCUGGUCGUGCCGCUGCUUGGAAAGUACCUGAUAUUCGCCAUGAUACUCGUUUCGAUAAGGUGA